CAUCGGGGCAGCAUGACCGUUACAAUUCCUUAAAUUCAAAUCCCAAGUUCUUCAUCUCCUCAUCUUCACUACACGACACCCGGAGAAAGAGAUAGAAUCAAGAGUGAAACAACUGAGAAUCAAGAUGAUAGAGGUAGAAUACGAAUCACCAGAAAUCGAUGAAGAGGAGGCCAAGAUGCAGCAAUUGAGAUCCAAAGCCACAGAGCUACUCCUAAGAGAAGAAUGGAAGGAGGCCAUAGAGGCCUACUCUAACCUUAUUUUGCUCUGUCAAAACCAUCUGUUAAAACUUCAUCAAGAAAAGCUGCAAAAAUCCCUGUGUUUAGCCUACUCAAAUCGAGCCGAAGCCCGGUUUCGCCUGAGAGAAUACGCAGCAGCUCUAAAAGAUUGUGAGGAAGCUCUGAAAAUUGAAAGUGCCCAUUUCAAGACUCUUCUUUGCAAAGGCAAGAUUCUGUUCAAUCUCAAUAGAUAUGGGGUUGCGUUGGAUUGCUUCAGAGCAGCAAAUCUUGAUCCUCAGGCAAGUUCCAAUUCUGAAACUCUUAAUGAUUACUUAGAUAGAUGCAAGAAACUGGAGUUUUUUUCAAGAACUGGAUCUUUUGAUCUUUCUGAUUGGAUUCUCAGUGGAUUUCGCGGAAAAAUGCCAGAACUGGCCGAGUACAUUGGUGGCGUUGAGAUCAAGAAGUCUGAGAUUAGUGGGCGUGGCUUAUUUGCUACAAAGAAUAUUGAUAGUGGCACAUUGCUGCUGGUAACCAAAGCAAUUGCUACUGAGAGAGGCAUUUUUUCCCCUGAAGAUUCGGGUGAAAAUGCACAAAUGCUUAUGUGGAAGAAUUUCAUUCAUAAGGUGAUUGAAUCAGCUAGAAGAUGCAGCAUAACCAAAAUCUUGAUUCGCUUGCUGUCUACAGGUGAAAAUGAAAAUGAUAGGGUGGUUCCUGAGAUAGAUUUGUUUAGACCUGAAGCAGAGGACAGUUGCAUUUCCAAUCAUGACCUUGAUGUGGAGCAGUUGUCAAGCAUAUUGGAUGUUAACUCCUUUGUGGAAGGUGCAAUUUCUGGGAAAGUUUUGGGUGAAAAUAGUCGUUAUUAUGGGGUUGGGCUCUGGUUAUUAGCUUCUUUCAUCAAUCACUCAUGUGAGCCCAAUGUGAGGCGUUUGCACAUUGGUGAUCACCUAUUAAUUCAUGCUUCUAGGGAUAUCAAGGCAGGUGAAGAGCUCACGUUUGCCUAUUUUGAUGUGUUCCAGCCAUUAAGGAACCGAAAAGAUAUGGUGGAAAUUUGGGGGUUUAGUUGUAGCUGCAGGAGGUGCAAAUUCGAGGAAGGUUUGUGUCAUAAAGAAGAAAUGGGAGAGGUUGCAAUGGUUCUUGGGAAAGGACUAGAUAUGGGAGCUUUUGUUUACAAAUUGGAAGAGGGUAUGAAGAGAUGGUUGGUGAGGGGGAAAGGAAAGGGCUACCUGAGAGCAUCAUUUUGGGAAGCCUAUGCAGAAGCUUUUGGAUCAGAGAGAUCAGUGAGGAGAUGGGGAAGAAGGAUUCCACCAAUUGAGACUCUGGUGGAUAGCGUUGUAGAUGCAGUUGGAAGUGAUGAAAGAGUAGUGAAAUUAUUGAUGAAAGGAUUGAAGAGAAGUGGUAAAGUUGGUGGUGGAGUGAUGGAAAUGGAGAGAGCAAUGAAGUUAGGAAGAGGGAUUUAUGGGAAAGUUAUGAAAAGACAAGCAUUGAGGACUCUGCUUCAGCUUGGCACUUCAUGAACAAUGCUGAAGCCAAAAGUUUUUCUUUACAGCCUAAACUCGUUCAACUUUCCCUUGAGCACUUCCUGUUAUCUCUUGAGUGUAAUUUUUCUUAAAACAAUGAAACUGAUGAAAACAAAUGUUGAGAUUGUCA